AUGCAUUCGGAGUUUUCUGACACCGCUCCCUACAUUGGUGCGACUUUUGGGAAUUCUCAAAAUUCGGAGUUUCCUGAUACUGCUCCCUCCGACCCUUCCCCGCCAACCUUCUUUCCCUUCUCCUCCCCCCACCCCCCUCCCCGCCCCUUUUUGAGGCGCCUCAAAAGCAGCAUGCAGAGCCUGGAAGAGCGUCAGGAGAAGCAGGAGAGCAGAGCACGCCAUUUCAAGGCCCCUCUUCGCCCUGGCAUGCGAUCUGCAGCUUGCAGAGCGUGGAAGAACGCCAGGAAAAGCACAACAAGAGCCCCGCGAGCUAUCCUCAACCCCCCCUUCCCUGCCAACAGUCUCUCCCCUCCCCUCUCCCCCUCUCCCCCCCCUUCCACGCAGCAUGCAGAGCGUGGAGGAGCUCCGGGAGAACCUGUCCCCUCCGCCGCCUGUCCAGGCAGCAUGCAGAGCGUGGAAGAGCUCCGGGAGAACCUGAACAGGUAUCUGGAGCAGCUAGAGCAGGGACAGUUCAUGCAGAGCGUGGACGAGCUCCGGGAGAACCUGAACACGUACAGGGAGCAGCUAGAGCAGGUCUCGGAGUUGCUUAUAGAGGAUCCUGACAAUGACGAGUACAAGGAGAUGGCCAGUGGGCUCAAGGAGGUCAUCGAGCUCACAGAGGAUCUGCUCAGUGCAGCGGAGCAGCAGACACAGGAGGAGCCAGCACCGCCAGAUGCAGCAGCAGGGGUUGCAACUGCUGUGGUUGCCACUCCGUUUGUCCCCAUGGCGUUUGUGCCGGCCGCUUCUGCUGUUGCUACCACUGAUCCGGCAGCUUUAGCAGCAGCAGCAGCAGCAGCAGUGUCGUCUCGGAUUGCAGUGGGCACGUCAGUGCAGGCGGCGUGGGGAGUCACCGCUGGGACUGCUGCUGGUGGCAUACGAAGCUCUGAAUGGCUUGACGGUGUGGUGGACAGUGUGACCACGGGGGGCUACGUGGUGCGCGAUGCAGGAGGGCAGAUGCACGAGGUGCGGGAAACAAGAGUACGGCGGGUGGAGGAGAGUGAAGAAGACGCAAGGAAGCGAGCACAGGAGGCACUGGCAGCUGUGGAGCGAGAGGCAGAUGAGACGAGGAGAGCCCUCAAGCGGAAGAUGGAGGAAGCUUCCAGGACGGAGUUGGUGAAGAAGGAGAUUCCGCUCAAGCUGAGGAUCAAACCAGAGGACUCGGAAGAUGUGAAAGUGGAGAAGAAGCGGAAGAUCCACGCGUUCAAGUCGAAGCAGCGGAUGGAGAUGCUGGAGGUGAUGACCAACAAGAAGCAGAACACGUGGCAGCAGUUCCAAACCAAGGGCAUCAAGAGGAAGGCGGGCUUCCUGACAGGCCGCAAGAAGGAGAGCAUUUUCAAAUCGCCAGAGGACGUGGGUGGCAAGGUGGGGGUGGUGGGGAGCGGGCAGGGCAUGACGGAUUUCCAGAAGAGAGACAAGAAUCUCAACCUGCGCGCACAGGGCCAGGCAGAGGACGACUAA